AUGGAUGUUGAUUCGGCUUCUACUAGGUUAGGUAUCUUAGGCCCUACUACCACUUUUGGGUGGAAUUCGGAUGGUAGUAGUGGUGGUCUAUUAGUUUUAGUAUGGUCUAAUGAAGUUGUUGAUUGCUUGUUCUCUUCUAAAAACUUUAUCUUGUGUAAGAUGAAUGAAUAUAAUGGUAUUUUGAAGUAUAUCUUGUUUGUUUAUGGUGAACCUCAAGUUGAAAAUAGAAGGAUAGUAUGGGAACAAUUGCAAUGGUUUUUAGAGGAGUUUAAAAAUGUUCUUGUAAUAGGAGAUUUUAACCAAGUUGAAAGUGGAAGCAACAAUCUGGGGGGUUCAACUAGAAUUAGAGGCAUGGAGGCCUUCCUGGAUUGGAGGUUUAGUAGCAAUGUGACAGAAGUUCCUUUCUCGGGUCUGAGGUUUACCUGGAGCAAUAAAAGGGAGGGUGACGAGUUGAUUCUAGAAAGGCUGGAUCGGGCCUAUGUAACAGAGGAAUGGUUUGAUCACUCUCCGGAUGGGAAAAUUAUUCAUGAACCAAUAGUGUGUUCCGAUCACGCGGCUAUCACUUAUCUUGGUCAACCUACAGAAAUGGUCUCUAAUAGACCUUAUCAGAUCGAGAAUUGGUGUCUUCUGUUCCCUGAAAUCAAGGAACUAGUGGGGCAAACGUGGAAGGAGGAGUUUCCAGGGUCUCCAAUGUUCCAGCUCUCAAGGAAGUUAGAAAGGCUAAGGUCUAAGCUCCAAUACUGGUGUUUGGAACAUAAGCAAGUUUGGGGGAUAAACUGGAGGAAGCUUACAAAGGAUCUUAGAAACUCUGGGAUGAAAAUCACCUCAAUUCAGGAAGGAGAAGGGAAUAUUCGGCAGAUAAACCACCUUAUCCCGGAAAGUCAACUGAGUUUUAGUUUUUGGAAUCAAAGAAUGAAAACAAACUGGAUCAAAGGUGGGGAUUGUCCGACGCCAACUAUGUACAGGAGAGUAAAGCAAAGGCAGUCACAUAAUGUAAUCCUAACUUUAAGAAAUGAGGAGGAAGCAUGGGUGGAGGGUCAGGGUGAGGUGGAAGAGGUAAUUUUAUCUUCAAUCAAGAAUAUCUAUAAUCCAGUAUUGCCUGAGAAUCAUGGGGAAUACAUUGAUCUUCUUCUUUGA